AGGAUGCUGCCGGGGCGGCUGUGCUGGGUGCCGCUCCUGCUGGCGCUGGGCGUGGGCAGCGGCGGCGCGGACAGCCGGCGGCGCCGCCUGCUCGCGGCUAAAGUCAACAAGCACAAGCCAUGGAUUGAGACUUCGUAUCAUGGAGUCAUAACUGAGAACAACGACACCGUCAUUUUGGACCCACCUCUGGUAGCACUGGAUAAAGAUGCACCUGUUCCUUUUGCAGGGGAAAUCUGUGCAUUCAAGAUCCACGGUCAGGAGCUGCCCUUUGAGGCCGUGGUGCUCAACAGGACGUCUGGCGAAGGCCGGCUCCGUGCCAAGAGCCCCAUUGACUGCGAGCUGCAGAAGGAGUACUCGUUUAUCAUCCAGGCCUAUGACUGCGGGGCCGGGCCUCGGGAGACAUCCUGGAAGAAGUCACACAAGGCCGUGGUGCAUAUCCAGGUGAAGGAUGUCAACGAAUUCGCCCCCGCCUUCAAGGAGCCAGCCUACAAGGCCGUUGUGACUGAGGGCAAGAUCUAUGACAGCAUCCUGCAGGUGGAGGCUGUCGACGAGGACUGCUCCCCUCAGUACAGCCAGAUUUGCAACUACGAAAUUGUCACAACGGAUGUGCCUUUUGCCAUCGACAGAAAUGGCAACAUCAGGAACACCGAGAAGUUGAGCUACGACAAGCAGCGCCAGUACGAGAUCCUGGUGACGGCUUACGACUGUGGACAGAAGCCAGCUGCGCAGGACACGCUGGUGCAGGUGGACGUGAAGCCAGUUUGCAAGCCUGGCUGGCAAGAUUGGACCAAAAGGAUUGAGUACCAGCCGGGCUCAGGGAGCGUGGCCUUGUUCCCCAGCAUCCACCUGGAGACGUGUGAUGGAGCCGUGUCCUCCUUACAAGUCACUACAGAACUGCAGACCAACUACAUUGGGAAAGGCUGCGACCGGGAGACCUACUCUGAGAAGUCCCUCCAGAAGCUGUGCGGAGCCUCCUCUGGCAUCAUUGACCUCCUGCCGCCCCCCAGUGCUGCCACCAACUGGACUGCAGGGCUGCUGGUGGACAGCAGUGAGAUGAUCUUCAAGUUUGAUGGCAGGCAGGGUGCCAAGAUUCCUGAUGGGAUUGUGCCCAAAAACCUGACAGAUCAAUUCACCAUCACCAUGUGGAUGAGACACGGCCCUAGCCCCGGUGUGCGAGCCGAGAAGGAAACCAUCCUCUGCAACUCAGAUAAGACCGAAAUGAACCGGCACCAUUAUGCACUGUACAUACACAACUGCCGCCUCGUCUUCCUGUUACGCAAGGACUUUGACCAGGCUGACACCUUCCGCCCUGCAGAGUUCCACUGGAAGCUGGACCAGAUUUGUGACAAAGAGUGGCAUUACUAUGUCAUCAAUGUGGAGUUUCCUGUGGUCACCUUAUACAUGGACGGAGCAACAUAUGAACCAUACCUGGUGACCAACGACUGGCCCAUUCAUCCAUCUCACAUAGCCAUGCAACUUACAGUCGGCGCUUGUUGGCAAGGAGGAGAAGUUGCCAAGCCACGGUUUGCUCAGUUCUUCCACGGGAGCCUGGCCAGUCUCACCAUUCGUCCUGGCAAAAUGGAAAGCCAGAAGGUGAUAUCCUGCUUGCAAGCCUGCAAGGAAGGGCUGGAUAUUAACUCGUUAGAAAGCCUUGGACAAGGGAUCAAGUAUCACUUCAACCCUUCACAGUCCAUCCUGGUAAUGGAAGGGGAUGACAUUGGGAAUAUUAAUCGUGCACUCCAGAAGGUCUCCUACAUCAACUCCAGGCAGUUUCCAACCGCAGGUGUGCGACGCCUCAGAGUCUCUUCUGAAGUCCAGUGCUUCGGGGAGGACGUGUGCAUCAGCAUUCCCGACGUGGAUGCCUACGUGAUGGUCCUGCAGGCCGUGGAGCCCCAGAUCACCCUGAGGGGCACAGAGCGCUUCUGGAGACCGGCUGCUCAGCUCGAAAGCACCAAGGGCGUGAUCCUGUUCCCUGACAUCAGGAUCCUGAGCACUCUGGCCAAAGCCGAGACCCCAGAGGACAGGAAAAGCACAGCCCCCAGAUCUGCAGUGCUGGAGGAAAUGCUUCACAACCUGGACUUCUGUGAUAUUUUGGUGCUUGGAGGGGAUUUGGAUCCUAGACAUGAGUGUUUAGAACUCAACCACAGUGAGCUCCACCAGCGACAUCUGGAUGCCACUAACUCCACUGCAGGAUACUCCAUCUAUGGUGUUGGCUCCAUGAACCGCUACGAGCAGGUGUUGCGUCACAUCCGCUACCGCAACUGGCGCCCAGCUACCCUGGAGGCAAGACGGUUCCGGAUCAAGUGCUCAGAACUCAAUGGGCGCUAUACCAGCAAUGAGUUCAACCUGGAGCUCAGUGUGCUCCAUGAAGUCAGCCUGCCAGACAAGGAGCAUGUCAACCACCUCAUCGUGCAGCCUCCGUUCCUCCAGUCUGUUCACCACCCUGAGACCCAGAGCAGUAUCCAGCGCAAUUCAGUGGUCCCAAGCAUCGCCACCGUGGUCAUCAUCAUCUCUGUGUGCAUGCUCGUGUUUGUGGUGGCCAUGGGUGUGUACAGGAUCCGGAUCGCCCAUCAGCACUUCCUCCACGAGGCUGAAGCUGCCAAGGAGGCUGAGAUGGAUUGGGAUGACUCUGCGCUAACGAUCACGGUCAACCCCAUGGAGAAACACGAAGCUCCGGGCCGUGGGGAAGAGACGGAGGGAGAGGAGGGCGAGGAAGCCGAGGAAGACAUGACCAGCGGCAGCAGUGACUCUGACGACAGCGAAGAGGAGGAGGAGGAGGGGGGCUUUGGCAGAGGCCGACACGGGCAGAGUGGAGCCAGGCAAGGCCAGCUGGAGUGGGAUGACUCCACCCUGUCCUACUAGCUCCUGAGGUCCGCCGUCCAGCCCACGUGCCCCUUUUGUAAACCCUGACCGGAUCGAUGUAU